AUGGGUCAUGCAUCUGGCGUGACACACUUAACGCAGGGAAAGUCGGGUGAAAUGGCGAGAGGGCUCCAGCUUUCGUUUUCAAUCGUGCUCACAGAGCGCAAACACUUUCACCAGCGCUUCAACCACGAACGGCGCAAGCGGCUUCGUAUGCCAGCGACGUAUAAUACCUUUCAAACCGCGCCGCGCCUAGCCGUGAAAGUCGUAACACUUUUUAUCAUGACCUCGCAGUUCGCUCAUUGUCAUUCGUUCAUUCAAAUUAGUUCACCAAAUCGCGACGCUUUGAGCCGGGCGUUUUAUACCGAGGGUCGGGUACGAGCGGCCGAUGAACUUUAG